GCUGAGUGGCUCUCUCCAGCUCCAGCUGGACCUGAGGUCUCAGAGCUGCCACCAGCAGCAGGCUCAGGCACUGGGCUCCCAGCCGGGCACUGCACCAUGGCCAUGGAGAUAGACAGCAGGCCUGGGGGGCUCCCCGGCAGUGGCUGCAACCUAGGCGCAGCCCGAGAGCACAUGCAGGCGGUCACCCGAAACUACAUCACCCACCCCCGUGUCACCUACAGGACUGUGUGCAGCGUGAACGGGCCUCUGGUGGUGCUGGACCGGGUCAAGUUUGCGCAGUAUGCGGAGAUCGUCCACUUCACCCUCCCAGAUGGGACUCAGAGGAGCGGGCAGGUGCUUGAGGUGGCUGGCACCAAGGCCAUUGUUCAGGUGUUUGAAGGGACAUCAGGGAUCGAUGCCAGGAAGACCACUUGUGAAUUUACAGGGGACAUCCUACGAACUCCGGUGUCAGAGGACAUGCUGGGUCGGGUGUUCAAUGGCUCCGGCAAGCCCAUUGACAAGGGGCCAGUGGUCAUGGCGGAGGACUUUCUGGAUAUCAAUGGCCAGCCCAUCAACCCGCACUCCCGCAUCUACCCCGAAGAGAUGAUUCAGACGGGCAUUUCUCCCAUUGACAUCAUGAACAGCAUUGCCCGCGGCCAGAAGAUCCCCAUCUUCUCAGCAGCCGGGCUCCCCCACAAUGAGAUUGCCGCUCAGAUCUGCCGCCAGGCGGGGCUGGUGAAGAAGUCCAAGGCUGUGCUGGAUUACCACGACGACAACUUCGCCAUCGUCUUUGCAGCCAUGGGGGUGAACAUGGAGACAGCCAGAUUCUUCAAGUCUGACUUUGAGCAGAAUGGAACCAUGGGGAACGUCUGCCUCUUCCUGAACUUGGCCAACGACCCCACGAUCGAGCGGAUCAUCACCCCACGCCUGGCGCUGACCACUGCUGAAUUCCUUGCCUACCAGUGUGAGAAGCAUGUGCUGGUCAUACUGACGGACAUGAGUUCUUACGCAGAGGCCUUGCGGGAGGUCUCUGCUGCUAGAGAGGAGGUGCCUGGGCGCCGAGGCUUUCCUGGAUAUAUGUACACAGACCUGGCCACCAUCUACGAGCGGGCGGGCCGCGUGGAGGGUCGGGGCGGAUCCAUCACGCAGAUCCCCAUCCUCACCAUGCCCAAUGACGAUAUCACCCACCCCAUCCCAGACUUGACGGGCUUCAUCACCGAGGGACAGAUCUACGUGGACAGACAGCUUCACAACAGACAGAUCUACCCCCCCAUCAACGUGCUCCCUUCCCUGUCGCGGCUGAUGAAGUCAGCCAUUGGGGAGGGCAUGACAAGAAAGGACCAUGGAGAUGUCUCCAACCAGCUGUACGCCUGCUAUGCCAUCGGGAAGGACGUGCAGGCCAUGAAGGCAGUGGUUGGGGAGGAGGCGCUCACCUCUGAGGACCUGCUCUACCUGGAAUUCCUGCAGAAGUUUGAGAAGAACUUCAUCAACCAGGGCCCCUACGAGAACCGCUCGGUGUUCGAGUCGCUGGACCUGGGCUGGAAGCUGCUGCGCAUCUUCCCCAAGGAGAUGCUGAAGCGCAUUCCGCAGGCCGUGAUCGACGAGUUCUACUCCCGCGAGGGGGCGCUGCAGGACCUCGCGCCCGACACUGCGCUCUAGCCACGCGCGCCGUGGCGCCCCAACACCGGCAGGGACCCUGCCCUCGGCUCCCGGGUCUCCCCUCCCUCGCCACCCCAACCAGCGGCUUCUGCGCCGCCCUCCGCCCUCCGCCCUCCGCUGGCUCCGAGGUGGGGUUGCGGGGGUGGGGCGCGCGCUCCAUUCCUUUGCCUCUCUCGGUUGCUUUCCCGCGCUCCAUGCCUCCCCCUCGAUUCCUGGCGCUGCGGAAGAACAGAAGGUUGCGAUGCCUUGCUCUGACGGCAGCAUCUGUAUUUUUAUGUUAAAAGCCCACAAAAUAAAAAUAAAAAGUAACUGAGAUGAAUUUA